GGAGCCGAGGCUGCAGCAGGCGUGGAAGUGGCAGGAAGGCAUCCGGGGGCGCCGCGCCGCCGGCGGCUCAGUCACGCGGGCAGAAGCUAGUGACGCAAGCGCUGGGAGAAGAACGGGCAGCUAGCGGCACAGAACCCCUCGUGCAAGCCGAAGACAAGAAGCGCGCGCUCCAGCUGUAUACGAGGAAGCUAAAGGCGCAGAGGCUUGCCCUUUAAGAGAUGCGCCUGUCCUGCGGGACUUGGUCACGUGAUAGGAAUGAGCAUGCGCCUGCGCCUCUUAGCAUCCUCUGGCGCGCCUGCGCAGUGUGUCUAGCUGUCUUCCCGCCCGCGUUGGGUUACCGGUCGGACUGGCAGUACUUGCGGGAGCGAGCCCACUCCAGUGGGUGAGAAGCCGCAUCAUCCACAACUUAAAGGAUGAAAAGUGACAAGGAGCCAUUUUUUGUUAAAUUUAUAAAGUCUUCUGGAAACUCUGAAUAUUUUUUUAAAGCUCUUGAGUCCAUAAAAGAAUUUCAGUCAGAAGAAUAUCUCCAGAUCCUUGAAGAAGUGCCAGCGCUCAAUAUAAAAGAGAAUGACAAAUCCCUUUACAUCUGUGACCCUUUUGGUGGCAUUGUCUUUAGUCAUCUCAAAAAGCUUGGCUGUAGAAUCGUUGGACCACAGGUAGUCAUAUUUUGUAUGCAGCACCAGCGAUGUGUCCCGAGAGCCGAAUAUCCUGUUCAUAAUAUGGCCAUGGCUGAUAUAACAAUAUCCUGUACUAGUCUUGAAAAAGAAACUAGGGAAGAAGUUCAUAAGUAUGUACAGAUGAUGGGUGGCCGUGUGUACAGAGAUCUCAAUGCAUCAGUAACUCAUCUUAUAGCUGGAGAAGUUGGCAGCAAGAAAUAUUUAGUGGCUGCUGCUCUGAAGAAACCCAUAUUGCUUCCCACUUGGGUAAAAGCAUUGUGGGAGAAGUCGCAGCAAGGUAUGAUUAGAUACACAGAUAUAAGCAUGGAAGACUUCAUAUGUCCUUUAUUUCGUGGCUGUACAAUCUGUGUAACUGGCUUAAGUAGUGUGGACAGGAAGGAGGUCCAGCGUCUCACUACUGAGCAUGGUGGUCAAUACACAGGGCAGCUCAAGAUGAAUGAGUGCACCCAUCUCAUUGUUCAAGAGCCAAAAGGCCAGAAAUACGAAUGUGCCAAAAAAUGGAAUGUGCAGUGUGUGUCCAUCCAGUGGUUUUUUAACAGUAUUGAGAAUGGCUACUGCCAGGAUGAGGCAAUGUAUAAGACCGAGUCUGUACAAAAGCAAAAUACCACACCCAGUACAUCAACUCCUACUUGCCAAGCCAGCAAACCUGACAGUUGUACCCUUUCAGAUGUCAGCCACAUUUCCAAUAUCAGUUUGAAUGGUAUUAAUGAAACUGCAUGCAUCUCUGCUAUGAACAGCAGGCUGGAUCCUCCUCCUGAUGAUCUGGAAAAUUUGGAUAUCAGUUCUUUUCAAGCCCCUGAUGAUUUAUUAGAUGGAUGUCGAAUUUAUCUCUGUGGCUUCAGUGGCAGGAAGUUAGAUAAAAUGAGAAGGCUUAUUAACUGUGGUGGUGGUGUUCGAUUUAAUCAACUCAAUGAAGAUGUCACCCAUGUUAUUGUGGGAGAAUAUAAUGAUGAACUGACGCAGUUUUUGAACAAGACUACUCACAGGCCUCAUGCAGUGACAGCAAAAUGGUUGCUAGAGUGCUUUGGUAAGGGUUACUUACUUCCAGUGGAGCAGUACAUCCCUCUGAACUUCCAGCCAAUAGAAAAUACAGUUUUGGAGCAACCUGGAAUUAAGCGAACUGUUCCCAAAAGUAAUAGUCUCACAAAAAAAGAAGCUGUGAAGCUUGUACAGCAUCAGAAUGCAGAUGAAGAUGACCUCCUCUCUCAAUAUGUGAAUAAUGAUUCCACAUUAAUUGAAGUUGAAAAGCUUGAAACUGGUCACUUCAGUGAUGCUGCUCAUAUUACCAUUCAAGAAGAGAAGCGGUCCUCUAUCUAUUAUAGUUCACUGACAGAGACUUCUACAGUGGUUGAAGAAGGCUUAUUUGGCAGAAAGAGGUUCCUUCUUUUGGGUUUUGGUGAAGAGGAUGAGUCCUGCAUUGUAGAAAUUAUAAAGGAGAAUGCUGGGAAAGUUCUACCCCCUCAAAACAGAGCAAUUGCAGACUAUGCUGUGGUUCCUUUACUGGGAUGCAAGGUGGAGUCAACUGUAGGAGAUGUUGUUACAAACACAUGGCUGAUUAUGUGUGUAGAACAGCAGCUCCUUUUAAACCCUCAGUCCAACCCACUUUUCACCCCAGUAUCAGUAAUGGAAGGAAGCACUCCUCUGGAAGAUUGUGUACUGUCUUUCAGCCAGUUUACUGGUGCAGAGAGAGACUCCCUGGUGUUCUUGGCAGGUCUUCUUGGAGCAAGAGUCCAGGAAUUCUUUGUGCGAAGAGCCAACCCAAAGAAAGGAAUGUUUGCCAGCACCCACCUAGUGGUCAAAGAGCCAGAUGGUUCUAAGUAUGAAGCAGCAAAGAAAUGGAAUUUACCUGCAGUCACUAUGGCUUGGCUCUUACAAUCUGCAAGGACAGGAAAGAAAGCAGAUGAAAGCAAGUUCCCAGUUGAAAAUGUUAACACUGGAGAUAAAGAAGAGAGUUUCAUAAGUCAGCCCAACAAGACAGAGACAACUAUAAUGUCUUCAGAUAUACCAGGCCAUCCUAGCAAUCUCCUUGAAACUGGGAAGAAAACAGCUGUGAUGCCUCUUGAUGUGAGCCGGUUCCAGAGUAAAGCUUUCCAUAGUGUGAUCUCACACCAUAUUGGGCAAAAGCCAACCCUUCCUGCAGAAGGAAGACUACUCCAGAAAGAACCAUCUUUACACCUUGACACACCAUCCAAAUUUCUUUCCAAAGAUAAGCUCUUCAAGCCUUCAUUUGAUGUAAAGGAUGCCCUGGCAGCUUUGGAAACUCCAGGGGCUCCCAAUCAGAGAAACAGGAAACCAAGUACUCCUCUCUCUGAAAUCAUUGGCAGGAACUUGAAAUUAGCUCUGGCAAACAGCACUCGUCAUACAGCAGCUCUUACUGCCAGCCCACAGCUGCAGGCUGCACAAGCAGAAGUGGUAGAAGAUUCAAAACCUCUUGCUGAUCUAGUCAUAUGUGUUAGUAAGAAACUCAGUAAAAAGCAAAGUGAACUGAAUGCUGUUGCCGCUUCUCUUGGAGCAGAUUACAGAUGGUGCUUCGAUGAAACAGUAACUCACUUCAUCUACCAGGGAAGACAAAAUGACAGCAGUAAGGAAUACAAAUCUGUUAAAGAAAGGGGCAUACACAUCGUUUCAGAGCAUUGGCUUUUAGAGAGUGCACAAGAAUAUAAACGACUUCCUGAAUCUCUGUUCCCUCACACUUACAAUCCCAAAAUGAGUCUGGAUAUCAGUGCAGUGCAAGAUGGCAGACUUUCUUACAGUAGACUUUCAUCAACUGGAAGAACAGCAAAGGAAGCUGAGAGUAUUUCAGUGGAUGAAAAUGACACAGCAGAUGUAACUACUAACCAAGUAAAGGAAGCAGUCACAGUAAGGGAGGAGCAAAUUGCAGCAAAUGAAGCCAAAGGAGUUUUAACCCAGACACUGGAAAUGAGGGAGAACUUUCAAAAGCAACUACAGGAGAUCAUGUCUGCAACAUCGAUAGUGAAACCACAAGCACAAAGAGGAUCGUUGUCAAGGAAUGGUUUCGACAGUUCCCCUACCACACCGGAUGGCACACGAUCUGUGCGUAAUGGUCGUAGUAGAGUCUUGGAAGCUCUAAGGCAGUCACGGCAAGCAGUGAUGGACAUAAACACAGAGCCAUCACAAAAUGAGCAGAUUGUCUGGGAUGACCCCACUGCAAGAGAGGAGAGAGCAAAGCUCGUCAGCAACUUACAGUGGCCCAAUAGUCCUUCACAGUACUCUGAACAAAUUCACACUGAUGUAAAUAACAUGAAUGAUUCCCCUUUAAGAGACUCCUUUGUUGAUAGAGAAGUUGCUGAAUUAGCUGUUCAUGAUUCAGGGGACACAGGUGUGGUGGAGGUUCCAAAGCAUCCAAUAAAUAGUGAUCCAGAAACCCCAGUAAAAGAUGAUCAAGUGAUCCCCACACCGCAAGCUCCCAGCAUUGCCUUCCCGCUGGCUAACCCUCCUGUGGCUCCACAGCCCAAAGAAAAGGCUAUUACAGUAGAUGAGAAGGUUGAUGAAGAACCAGAAAAACAGUGCAAAUUCCAGCUGUCUUCACUUAAUCCUCAAGAGCGAAUCGAUUACUGCCAUCUGAUUGAGGAACUAGGUGGACUGGUGCUUGAGAAGCAGUGCUUUGAUCCAAGUUGUACACACAUCAUUGUGGGACAUCCUCUUCGAAAUGAGAAAUACUUGGCCUCGAUGGCUGCUGGAAAGUGGGUGCUUCAUCGUUCCUACCUGGAGGCCUGCAGAGCAGCUGGCUGCUUUGUACAGGAGGAAGAUUAUGAAUGGGGAAGUAACUCCAUACUCAGUGUUUUGUCUGGAAUCAAUGUAAACCAAAAGAAGCUAGCACUUGCAGCCAUGAGAUGGAGGAAAAAAAUCCAUAAAAAGAGACAGGAAACUGGCAUCACUGAGGGGGCAUUUAGUGGCUGGAAAGUGAUUUUGAAUGUUGACCAAACCAAGGAAGCAGGAUUCAAACGUCUUCUUCAAUCAGGAGGAGCAAAGGUGCUGCCAGGUCAUUCUCUGCUUCUCUAUAAAGAGGCUACUCACCUUUUUGCUGACUUUAGUAAACUGAAACCAGAUGAUGCCAGAGUUAAUGUACUGGAGGCUGCUGCCCAAGGAGUGAACUGCUUGAAACCAGAAUACAUUGCUGAUUAUCUCAUACAGGAGCUUCCUCCUCCCAUGGAGUGUUACUGUCUGCCAGAAGCUGUUUCUUAUCUUCAAAAUAGCAAAGAACUGGGAAUUGGAUUAUCUCAGAAGAGAAAAGCACCUGGAGAAACAAGCAAAGUCAAAAGAUCCAGAAUACACUGAGGGGAUUCUCCAUUUUUAGUUCUUGUAUUUUAAAUUCCUAUUUAUAAAUAUUUUUCCACUCUCAAUGCUGAAAAAAUUAAGAGCUUUUUUUAUUGAAUUUUGAAUGUAAUGUACUUAAAAGUUCCCUUGUUUAGUUUGCUGUAAUAUUAGUUGGAAAGAUUGCUUUAUUCUGUUAGUGGCACCUAAUGACACCAUCCACACUUGUACAAGAAAAUAUUUUGUCUACUUAAUAUUCUGAUCACUGAGGCUUUCAGUUCACAUAAGAACAUCAGCCUAUAAUAAAAACUAAGAAUAUUUUG